AUGGAGCCAGAAGCUGGGACCAACAGGAUAGCCGUUGCUGAGUUCAUUCUACUGGGCCUAGUGCAAACAGAAGAGAUGCAGUCUGUGGUCUUUGUGCUCCUCCUCUUUGUCUGUCUGGUCACAAUUGGGGGCAACCUCAGCAUCCUGGCAGCUGUCUUGGUGGAGCCCAAACUCCACACCCCCAUGUACUUCUUCCUGGGGAACCUAUCAGUGCUGGAUGUCGGAUGUAUCACUGUCACUGUUCCUGCAAUGUUGGGUCGUCUCUUGACCCACAAGUGCACAAUUUCCUAUGAUGCCUGCCUCUCCCAGCUCUUCUUCUUCCACCUUUUGGCUGGAAUGGACUGCUUCCUGCUGACCGCCAUGGCCUAUGACCAAUUCCUGGCCAUCUGCUGGCCCCUCACCUACAGCACCCGCAUGAGUCAGACAGUCCAGAGGAUGUUGGUGGCUGUGUCCUGGACUCGUGCCUUCACCAAUGCACUGACCCACCCUAUUGCCUUAACUACCCUCAACUUCUGUGGCCCCAGUGUGAUCAAUCACUUCUACUGUGACCUCCCACAGCUCUUCCAGCUCUCCUGCUCCAGCACCCAACUCAAUGAGCUGCUGCUUUUUGUAGCAGCAGCCUUCAUGGCUGUGGCGCCCUUGGUCCUCAUCAGCAUGUCCUAUGCCCAUGUGGUAGCUGCUGUGCUGCAAAUCCGCUCUGCUGAGGGCAGAAAGAAGGCCUUCUCCGCAUGUGGCUCCCACCUCACUGUGGUGGGCAUCUUCUAUGGGACAGGUGUCUUCAGCUACAUGAGGCUGGGUUCAGUGGAAUCUUCAGACAAGGAUAAGGGGAUUGGAGUUUUCAUGACUGUGAUCAACCCCAUGCUGAACCCACUUAUCUACAGCCUCAGAAAUACUGAUGUUCAGGGCGCUCUGUGUCAGUUACUUGUGGGGAAGUGA